GUCACGCACCGACCAAGCUUCACCACCCCAAAAACCCGCCGGCCAAAUAUAUUGGCGAAAAUGCCUCGGUCUGGGUCUUUUGGGGCGUCCCAAUCGAAGUAGGAGCAAUGUUCGCUACGAACGGAGCAAAGGGCAUCGCUACGAACGGAGCAAGGACGCUAUGUUCGGGGCUCCUGGCCUUACUACUAGGAACAAGAAACUACAAACAAGAAUUCAACAGAAUUGGCAUUUAAGUAUAAAUCUAUAUCUAAGAAUCAAGCAGUUUAGCUGGCUUUUCUCCGUGGUUUCACCGCCUCGCGUCUCGCGUCCCGCGUCUCGCGUCUCUCGUCACGGGGGGCUUCCGUGCGGGCCCUGAACGGCGCUGAACCGUUUUCCGCUGAAGAAGCGGGGGAAAAAAGCACAGAUAGGCCCUGAUUCUUCGUCCCAUUGUUUCGGUACCACGUCAUGUGGAACUCAUGUGGGAACUUCAUGGAGCCUCGAAACAUCCAAAAUGAUCCCAACAAACCCUGACCCGGACCGCCUUGACCGCACGUCGUGCCGUGAAUCUGCCGUGAUCCGCCUUGGCCCCAGUCACCGACGAGCGCUGCAUCGGCGCCAGGGCGCCGAUCGCCCGUGCUGUGGCCCGGGCAGCCCCAUGGAUGGGGCAUUUCUGCAGGAAACUCACCAACAGGUGAGACAUGUCUUAGAGCCACUGCUUCAACUGGAGAAGACCCUCCGGAAGAUCACGGAAGCAAGCCAGAGCACUUCGUUCGACUGGCAUGGGGACCUUUGGAAAGACGAGGAGCUGAAUGGAGUGCUCCAUGACAUGCCGGGACCGGUGGGGCAAGCUGACAGCCCGACUUCUCACAAGAGCAGCAAAGGCUUUCUGGAAGAGAACGCGGUGCAGGCGGGUGAAGGCACCGGGACGCCGCUCCAUGAGCUCAUGAGAAUGAGCGAAGCAAGCUCGCUCAGUCACGCCAGCCUCAGCUCCGCGAAUGGCACGAGCACUCGCGCACGAGUCCGGAUCAGUGAUAGUGAUGGUCACAGAUGGACUUUUGAUCACAAAUCUCAAUUGGCAUAUCACGGGCACCACGCUUAUACAACUCAUUUAGAACACCCUCACCGUUGGUGGUGCGUUGGCUGUUCAGUGGCCUGUGCCAUCCUGCGCCAUCCAAGCCUUGCUCCAGUCCCUCAAGCGCCUGGACGUGGAUUUUCCUGAGGUUUGGGUUUAAGUCCAUCUGACCAAGAGUUCACGAAGACCAACAUCCAUGAUGUGUGGCGAGCAGAACCGGAUUCUUUACGCUCCUGGGCGGCCGUCGGCCGUCGGCCGCGCCCGUCGGUCGCGGUGAGGGCGGUGGUCCCGAAGAGUGUUUGC